GCUCUCAACUUCGCUUCGUCCUGCCUUUUCAAUUCUCCCUUCUUGCAAUUACCAAAAAAACAAAAUAAAAAAACCCACACUGCUUGCAUUCGUUCUUUGUCUACAAAUGGCGGCCGCUAAGUCAAAGUUCGAAUCUUUGAGGGAAUGGGUUGUUGAUCACAAGCUUAGAACCGUUGGGUGUUUAUGGCUUAGUGGGAUCACUGGGUCGAUCGCGUACAAUUGGUCUCAGCCUAAUAUGAAACCAAGCGUCAAGAUCAUUCACGCUAGGUUGCAUGCUCAGGCUCUUACUCUAGCUGCAUUAGCCGGUGCUGCGGUAGUUGAAUACUAUGACCGCAAAUCUGGACAGAAGGCUGACCGAUAUUCAAAGUUCCUCCCGGCCGAUGCCUACACACACAAAGAGUGAAUAAAUAACCUUUCGGUCGGCCCCUACUCAUGCAAGGACUAAAAGUAGCUACUCAUUCAGCAUAAACUUAUUGAAUUUUUUCUAAGCUCAUAUCGAACGGAUAGAUUCAACAGUAUCUUUGUUGGGGAGGUCCUGUAUUGCUGUUUCUCCAACAUAUGUUUUUCUGGUGGUUGUAUUGGUUUGUUGAGCAUAUCUUACAGUAGUACUAAUAUUUGUCACUUAAAUUGAUCAAUAGCAAGUGUGACACAGAUCAUGGUAAAAACAUAUAUUUUUCUCUUUGAAAAUAAAAUUUUACAAUUGCAUGAUUAA